AAAAUCGAUAAUAAGUUCUAAUAAAGCUUUCGCAUGGAAAUAAUUGACAUAUUUUUAAAUUAUCUUUGGGUUUGAGGUUAUAACCAAGGAUUCCAAGAUGUCGGCAGAAUGACUGAAUAACGUAGAUAUCCCCUAAAAGAAUCCAUUUGCUAUAUCCGUGUUGCGAGUGUAAAUAUCCUCAGUACUUCGAAUCCAGGUAAAGAAAUUAAAAAUAUUGUUCACUAGGUUAUGAAUGUUGAUCGUAAUCAUUUACUGUGCACAUUAUGAAACAAGAACAUGAGCCAGUCUGCGUCUACUUAAUUUAAUAAACUUAUUUAUUUAUAUUAUAUUAUUUAUAUAGUUAUCUUAUACUUAUAUAUAGUUUAUAAUAAUAUGGUAGCCAGUAAUAUUUAUAUUAAUGUAUAAGACUUCUUUAUACUUAAACUUACUUAUUUAAUUGUAGUACUAUUAGACUAAACUUACACUUUAUCUUACACUUACUUAACUCACUACCUACAAGUCUACAACUACUGCUAUACUUCUAUAAAUAUCCAUGAUCAAUUUAUUGAUCAUUUUGGCUCCUAUGCAUGUCGAGGAGAUUUGCAAUGUUUCUGUGCCUGGUGUUGAUGAGGAUAUUUCACUGGUUGCAAAGGCUACUUUGUGAGGGUAUCAUGCACUGGGGGUUGGAAGGCCUGAGGCAAUAGAUGCAGAUGUGUCAAAGUCAAGUGUUUUCGCCUCAACUGUUCGGCUAAUUUUGAGUUAGCGGUGAGGCCAACGAUGUGUUCCACGGUAUAUAGGUCACAGAGGUUCCCCCUGGUCCACUUUGGUCUACAGUGCCAUACUAAAAAUAUUAAGUUAUUGUUUUUUUAUAUUUUUUGUUAAAUUGGGGAGGGGUCUGCCCUCCCCAGAGAAUUUCUAUGUUUCUUAUUUUGGUAUCAGUCCCUAGAAGAUCAUUCCAAAUGCAAUUUAAGCAGUAGUCUUCCUUUUGUAACCUAAGUUUCAACAUAAGGGUAUUUUGAUUUCAACUAAUCAAAAUACAGCACUUUUGGCGCUCAUCUUUUUUUCCACCGGUGUUGGGUCUUGGGGUAUCAGCAAGGAUGUGUUUCUUUUUUCCUUUUUUUUGAAACAUGUAAGUUGGAUUUAAUGAAAUGUAAAAUUUCAAUGUACUUCAUAUUAACCGUAUCAUUUAUGUCGCGAGUUAUGCUCAAUAAGGAACAGGAAUGUUAUAACAGACAUCGUUCAGGUCCUUCAAAUAGGUCUGUUCGCCCGAAGUCCAGUAAAGUGAUGUCAUUGCACUUAGGGUGAGAAAACUCUUGGCAAAACCCAUACCGUUAACUUAAAAUUUACCCAACUGUUCUUUUUGAAAGCUUGUUCUAGUACUUAAUACUACUACUACUGUGCACUUGAAGAUACCAUGAUGACAGAAAUUUUAAAUAUUAGGCCUACCCAAUUGCCAUAAAUGAUAAAUCAAACCUCAUUCAAAAAUUUGUAUGGGAAAUGCCAUUGGGAGUCGGUUCAGGAGAAAUGUAGUUUUUGGACGAUGGCGUAAGUACUUUGGUAAAAACAUUUAAAAUUUAAGAAAAUAUUUUAAAAAUAUUACAGUUUUAUAGACUUAUAGAGCAAAUUUCAAAUAAAAAAAAAAUGAAAUCAGAAUUAACUUUCUAACUUAGUACUUUUUGAGCUAAGAAUUUAAUUUUAAGUGCGAGUUCGUUUGGUAUUUUUCUAUGGACUAUACCUUUACAUUUGUGACCCCAUUCCGCUGAUCACGUCAUGCGCAAUAACUCUUGUUGUAAUUAAAAUUUAUAUACAAAUUUUAUUUUCAAAAUUAAUGCUGUGUUAAAAAGUAAUUUUAAUAAUGUCAUUUGUAUUAUGCAAUUAUGAAUAAAUUAUAACCUAUGUAACUAUGCACUAUUUGUAUCAUGGAAUUUAAUAUAAUAUAUUAAUAUAUGGCUUUUCUUUUUACCAAGUCUACGGUGUCCAUUAUACCGGUAUAUAUUAUAUAGUAUAUUAAAGGCUACACAUCCCCUUAUUACUAAAAUAUUGUUUAGGGACUACUUAUUUUGAACUUUCAACUUUGGCACAUGACUAAUUAAUUAAAGUUUUCCCUGACCGUUGGUUAAUAAUUAUUUGCACAUUACAAACUCUUAUGAAUGAAACUCUGAGAUAGAACUACAAUAUAGCCAUUAUGAAAGUGGCUGUGAAUGGUUGCCCAAUACAACGUUUUGCACACUGCAAUUUAUGAUAAUUUAUAAUAUGGACUUCACUGCGUUUAAAGACUCACAUUAAAAUAUUCUUGUUAAAAUGCCUUCUAAGUUCACUCUAAAAUAAAAGUUAGCAAAUAUUUUGAUGUGAAUACAGGUAAUAAUUGAAUAUUUAAAAAGUAUUGGCAUCUUCCGCCAUUAAAAAAGUGGCGUGGUCAAAAUGGGCACGGUGACCUUAUGGUAAAGCAGGUUACUUAGACUUAGAUGAGCAUAAGUAAUGGCAAACAGAUCCUAGCUCAAUGAGUGUUAAUUAUCGUAAAUUGCCAUGUGAAUGAUGUGCAAAACUUUUUCCUGCGGCAACCAUUCACAGUCACUUGCAUUACCAUACUACUAUAGUUACAGUAUUAGUCUCUUAGUUUCAUUCAUAAGACUUAAGAGAUUGCUAUGUACAACUACUAUUAUAUCAUUAUUCAGGGAACGCUUUAAUAAAUGCAUUUCUUUAUUAAAAAUUUUGUUAGAAAUAUUAAAUAUUCAUCUGCAAACUGUUUUUCUGUCCUAAUAAAAAUAACAUUACUGUGACUGUGAUGAUAUUGAGUCUUAUUGAUUUAGUUGAUGUCUUCUAAUAAAAAUAGUAUUGGCUGAUUUAUAUUAGCUAAUUUAAACAAGACAUAGACUAUUAUGUCAAUAAUUUUACAAUUAUUUUUUAUUAAGGUUUAUAAAUAUAAAUAUUUUCAAAAAUCUACAUGAUAUUGUAUUGCCUCUAUGACUAAAAGUAAAGAAACACAGUAAGUAUUAGAAUAUCACAUUGACUGAAACUUGUAAACAAUUAUUAAAAUUUAAAAUUAAAUACCGGUAUCUUAUUAAAUUUAAAAAUACUACUUUAUGUUAGGACUGUGUAGUUGAAUUACUAAUAGUAUUACUAUUAUAGUAUUAUGCCUAUAUUAAAUAUAAAAUCUAGGCAGGUUACUAUUUAUUUACAGCAGGUGGAACCAAGCUUAGAUUUCAUUUAUUAUCUUAUGGAUAUUUACAUUUUAAAAUUUACUUUAAUUUAUUCAGACAUCAUUACAGAAUAUUGAAACCCUCUGAUUGAUUGUUAUCAAGAGUGAAUUCCGUUCCUGGUGAAGAUAAAAAAGAAAUAGCAAAAUUUAUUUUUUCCGUCUGAUGAUGAGGGGUGAUGGACAUGCUGCGAUAGCAUUCAAAGGAAACUGGUAAAUUGAAUAUUUCAAAGUUAUUGCCGAUCCAAUUUAGAUGGUAAUUAGGAUUAUUUAGGUUCCAAUAUGGUGUAUUUCCUUUAAAAUAGUACUUAAAACAUUUAAAGCUUACUGAAAGGUCAAAAUAACACAGCAAGAGGAAGUGGCAUCACCUGGUUGCAUAAAAUGUCUGAGCAUCACCAUAAGAUAUACAUAUUGCAUGUGAUUAAUUACAAAAGUAAUUUAUUUUUUAGAAAAAUUACAUAAAAUUCAAAAGAAAAAAGUUCACAGCAGAAUGAAUUGUUAUAUGGUCAAAAAUAAUUUUUUGGCCGAUUUUGGACACGUGCAGAAGGGUGCGCGGAUGAGUAUCAAAGUACCUAUACUUAGUGACUUAGUCCGCUAUAGGUAUUUUGGUGAAAUUUUCUAAAUACUUCUACAAAUAUAAAUGCAAUACAGUUGAAUAUAUUAAAUUGAAUGGUUUACAAAGAAGAAAAAAAACACACACACCAGGAUGAACUUUCUAGCUCAAGUGGUUCAAAAGUUAUGAGUUUCUUUAGUGCUGACUUCACUAAAGGUACUAUUUUUACCAUUGAGUUUUCCUCCACAUUUUGUGACCCAUUUUUCAGCUCAUCAAUUUCAACCAAAUAUCUUGCAUGUUUCUUAAUAUGAAAAUGUCAUAUUUAAAGGAUUUGUUGAUGAUAUUAUAUAUAAAUGAAUGAAAGUAGAAAAUAGGCUCCGGGUUACUGGAAAUUUGUUGGAAAGAAAUUUCAAUGACGGAAAAUUGAUCGAAUACUGAUUGAUUAAAAAAGCAGUAUUUUUUUCUUACUAUAAAGUAUAGUGCAUUCAAAAAGAAAUUUGACGAAAAUUAGAUAGAGUGAACUGAAAACAAAAUAUUAGACCAAACUUUUGUUUGACCAAAUUUCCGUUCGAUCAAACUUCCAUUGAUUAAUUUUCCGUAGACGAAAUUUCUUUCAAACAAAAUUCCGGAUGCACUUCAGAAUAGCAUUUCAUAUUUAAAUAAUUAUUUUAACACUUAAGAUGUUAUUUUUUCCUAUAUAAAUUAAAUAAACUGCAAAUUUUUGGAGUGGAGUAAUCAUAACUUAUGAAAUAUUAAAGAUACAAGGCUAAAAAUUUGGUGGCUGUUGCAACUUAUUAAUUAAAAAAGCAUGCAAUUAUUUGUAUUUUUAAAAGAGAAAACAACAACAUUAUCAGUGACUCUCAUACUGAUAAAAUCAAUGAGUAAGCCCUACGCAUGAGAAAAAAAAGCUGCAUACAUUUAUCCUUAUUUUUGGUUCAUUGAGUUAAAGAAUAAUUUUGAUAUUGUUUGCAUUCAUUUGAGCCAUUUACAUUUAAUGAUGCCGAGAUCUAUAUUUUAGUUAUUGAUUGGAAAGAUGUGCUAGUAAUUAUAAUUCACCUGUUUAAUAUGGUGCCUCCAUACAUGACAUCAUGUGGGGGGGGGGGGGGGGGGGUUUAACUCUUUCAAAGCUUUUUGAGCUGUUAAUCUUCUAGGAAACUUACUCGCCGACCAGGGCCUAGAGUAACCCUAAGCAACAGUAGAAAAAGUAGCAAAGAGAUUCAUUGAAAUAAUGCUUCAAAUGACAACAAAUAAACCUUGGUUUCACUUAUAAACAAUGAAGUACAACUCUUCUAUAUAAAAGUCUUAUUUAAAAUAGCUUUUAAAAAGUUUAACCGAGAACAGCUGUCAUCAAACCAUUGCUUAAAAAGCCUGGUCUGGAUGAAAAUAAUACAAAAAACUAUAGACAUGUAUCUAACUUAUCAUUUUUAUCUAAAGUCAUUGAAAAACUAGUUCUAAAACAAUUUUUUGCUUACUUAAACGACCACUCCCUUCUCAGUCCUAAUCAGUCUGCCACGACACAGAGACAGCUCUCUUGAGAGUCAGUUAUGACCUCUUGCGCGCAAUGGACAGCGGUAAUGUCUCCAUCCUGAUCCUCUUAGAUCUCAGUGCGGCCUUUGACACUGUUCACCAUGAAACCCUUUACAAAACCCUUGAAAAUUACUUUGGAAUUUCUGGUUCGGUUUUGGCUUGGUUUAGGUCCUACCUCUCUGAGAGAACGCAGGCGUUCUCUGUCGAUGGCUGUCACUCCAGCAGUGCUAAUUUGGUGUACGGAGUGCCCCAGGGGUCCGUUUUAGGCCCGGUUCUAUUCAUAAUGUAUACCAGGCCACUGCUCCUCUUGCUCGGGAGGCAUGCCUUAGAGAGCCAGUCAUUCUCAGAUGACACGCAGCUAUACAAGCAUAUCCAUCCCUCUCUUGUCGAUUCUGUUGUCCAGACUUUGCGGGAGUGCAUUGGUGAUGUCAAAUCAUGGAUGGCACUCAGCAAGUUGAAGCUUAAUGUUUUUUUAAUGAUGACAAUCGGAAUGAAUCUUCAUUCACAAUCACAAAUCCUCCUCUACCUCAACUCUUCCCACCUCAUUGCAAGUAGGUGAUUCCGACAUACAGUUUACAUCCUCUGCUAGGCAUCUUGGUUAUAUUCUUUCUAGCAAAAUGUCUCUCGAUAAACAUAUCUCUCAUAUUUGUCGUUCUGCAUACACCGCUGUCCUUCAGAUCAGUUCCAUCCGCCACUGCUUUACAGUAAGCACAACAAAAAACCCUAGUCUGUGCUCUUGCUCUCUCUUGUCUUGACUAUUGCAACUCUCUUCUGUCAGGUUCACCAAAACACUUAGAAAAACUUUAAAAGUUUAUAAACUCAGCUGCUAGCCUAGUUCUAAAGGCAAAAAAACGCGAUCACGUCACUCCACUACUCCACUCACUUCAUUGGCACCCUAUACAGGCACGCAUUGAUUAUAAGCUGUCUGUUCCCUGUCACAGCUUUUUCUCAGAUUCCUGGCCUUCCUAUCUAACCGAACUUCUUUCUGUAAAUUCACCCCUUCAACAGCUUCGCUCCUCCACAGACACGCAUAUUCUGUCAGUUCCCAAGACUUGCACUAAAAAAUAUGGUGAACGAUCUUUCUCUUUCUGCGCCCCCAGACAAUGGAAUUCUUUACCACUACACAUUCGCCAUAUACCAACCUCCCAGGCCUUCAAAAUUGCACUCAAAACACAUUUCUUUAAACUCUACUACUCCGACUGAUUCCCCCCUCUGACAGAUAAACGAUGCUGCUGGCUGCCGUCCAUGGCUUGAUAUGUAAAAGUUCUGGGGUGAUAAUAUAUACAUUUGUUUUUGUUUUGAUGUCUUACAGCUGUUCUUAAUUACAUAAAUGUAUUUUAUUUUAAUGUCACGAUUAUGUCUCUUUUGCUAAUAUUUUUAUGUACAGUGCAGUGAGCCCAGCCCUAGGCUGGGGUACCGCACUAUAUAAAAAUACUACCGUGCUAAUAAUGAUAAUAAAUUACAGCAAUUUUUAACAUUAUUCUUUGAUACAACAAUUAUAAUUAUAUUAUUUUAAACUACGAUCACUGAGAGAAACAAUACAGGUAUGUGAGAUGCGAAAAAUGGCUUCUGAUCAAGUUCCAGGCCGCCACGGAGGAGGAGACAGUGGGUGUGGGGAUAUUGACAAUUAUGAGAAUUUAUGCUGAAAUGUGUAGUCAGGAGUCAGAGAUUUAGGACCUCCACGUUCUUGUUCAUCAGUCAUGAUAAGGACCAUCAAGUCAUCCUGUGGGGGGUGGGGGUGGGUCACGGUGAGUGCGUCUCUGGCACUGCGGGCAGGGGAUAGUUGCUGUAGUCGGUGGUCUAAGGUUGCUUUUUCGGGCUAGCCUGGGUGUCUCAGCUGUCGCUAUUCUUCUUGCUUCAUGGUAUUUAGCCCCACUCUCGACAGCGGAUCUCCACUUGGCUCUGUCCCGCGCUAUCUGCACCCAUUCAAUAGGAUUGAUGCUGAAGGCCUUUAAUGCUGCUUUCAGUCUGUCUUUGUAUUGCUUUCUUUGGCCUCCCUGGGAGCGCUUGCCCAGCGUGAGUUCACCAAAGAAUAGCUGUUUAGGGAACCGGUGGUCUUCCAUAUGUACUACAUGUCCUGCCCAACAGAGUUGAGUGUAUCAGUGUGGUGAAGAUGCUUGGUAGUUUUCUCUAGCGAGGACAUCCAUGUCAGGCAUAUUGUCUUGCCAACUGACCCGAAUCAUGUCGGAGCCAUUUGGCUGUCUUUAUCUCGACCAAAGUUGGGAUCUCCAUGUGAAAUGGAAUGGAAAAAUGUUUGACCCAGUUGGGGGGGGGGGGGGAUCUUAUUAAAUGCUCUAGGGCAGGAAUUCUUAGCCUUUUUUGCAAUAUUUUACUCUCACUAUACCGACUGCUAUCAAACCUAAAGAUGUGUCAUUAUCGAAAUAGUAUGAGGGGUCUAUCAAAAAUUGUCUUGACAACUGACCCGAAUCAUGUCGGAGCCAUUUGGCUGUCUUUAUCUCGACCAAAGUUGGGAUCUCCAUGUGAAAUGGAAUGGAAAAAUGUUUGACCCAGUUGGGGGGGGGUGAUCUUAUUAAAUGCUCUAGGGCAGGAAUUCUUAGCCUUUUUUGCAAUAUUUUACUCUCACUAUACCGACUGCUAUCAAACCUAAAGAUGUGUCAUUAUCGAAAUAGUAUGAGGUGUCUAUCAAAACAUCACUAUUUUGGCUUUCAUGAUUCUCACCUUUGACUUCAGAAGUUUGCAGCAUAAUGUUAGUUUCUAUAUGUCAGCCUGUAAAUACUAGAAUAGAUAAAAAAAAGUAGCUUUAAAAGCAUCAAGUGUUGAAUUUUAUUUCUAUUUAUAGUGCCAACAUUGACAAUGAACAACAACCCAGGAAACAACAAUGGAGGGUUAGGUGGCACCAGAGCUCGCAACAACAAUAACAAUGGAGCCAGGGGUGGGGAAAAUAACCCCUUUUUCCACUUCCAGAACCGCCUGUUUCAUGCUUUAUUUUAUCGCAUCACCAUUACUUACGCCCGGGCAUUUCCAAGACCCAUUCGUAGAGUUUUGGAGUUUGCUCUUCUGCUUAAGGUAAAAGCUUUUUUAUAUAAUUUUUUUGUUUGAUUAAUAAUUACUUUAUGAUUAAAGGGAUUAAAAUUAGCCCCUUGUUUUUUGUUGUUGUUUUGAUGGGGGGGAUGUGAACUGUUUACCUCAACCCAACUGCUGGCAUUUAUUCUAUUAUCAUUUUGAAUCUCCACAACUGCUGGCCAAGAAAACUGUCAUUAAUAUCCCUGGUUUUUAUACAAACAUUUUUGUUCACAAACGGUAAGCUUUCUAAUCAUUCAUUGUAGCAGUAUCUUUGCACUUGGACUGAUGAAAUGUAUUGAGUGAUAUCCAUUCACUUCGUAAAAAAUUUGUUUCAUAAUACCACCAUUAAAAAAAAUAUAAGGGAGAUAUAAUAUUAUUGUAUUAUUUUAUUUCAGGCACUAUUUGUUCUUGGAAUACUUGUGUAUAUUCACGCUGUGUUUGCAAAAGCGCCCAUGAACUGCUUAGAACAUGUCCAGGAUCUUUGGCCAAGGGAUGGAAUCCUUCGUGUAGAAAUAGUCCGCAAUGCACCUGAAAAUUAUUCCAUUAUUCACUCAUAUAGAAAAGAAUAUUCUGAUAUUCAAUUAUUCUUACAGUCAUCCUUGGCUGAUGAAUUUGGACUUGAAGAUUCAAACUUUGAUAGUGAAUAUGAAGAUGAUAGUGAAAUGAACACAACUGAUUUAAGCAGUUCAGAGAGCAGUACAGCUUUGAAUAACUCAGAAGCUGACAACUCUUCCAAUGUGAAUACCAAUACAAGCAAAGAAUUAAACUUAUCAGGAUAUCUAGAUGUGAAUAGUAGUGAAGCCUUCCCUGAUGCAGUUGGUGGAUCUGAAGAGAGUCCCAAAGUUAAGGCAUCAGAUAUUCAGGUAGUUCCAGAACAAGAAAAAGAGGAGGAGCCACCCCAUUCUGACAUGACACAUUUAGAAAAAGGCGUUGAUGCAGCAGAUAAUAGCCCCAAUGAAGAAGUGAUAGUGGAAGAAAUGAAAACGAGUGUUUGGAGCACUUUAUUCAGGUAUAGGAUGGCUCUUGUUAUUUUUUCAUGAAUUAUAGUUAUAGCUGCAAUUAGAGCACUUUAUUCAGGUAUAGGAUAGCUCUUGUUAUUUUUUCAUGAAUUAUAGUUAUAGCUGCAAUUAGAGCACUUUAUUCAGGUAUAGGAUAGCUCUUGAUUUUUUUGUCAUGAAUUAUAGUUAUAGCUGCAAUUAGAGCACUUUAUUCAGGUAUAGGAUAGCUCUUGAUUUUUUUGUCAUGAAUUAUAGUUAUAGCUGCAAUUAGAGCACUUUAUUCAGGUAUAGGAUAGCUCUUGAUUUUUUUGUCAUGAAUUAUAGUUAUAGCUGCAAUUAGAGCACUUUAUUCAGGUAUAGGAUAGCUCUUCAUAGCAAUUAUGUAAAAAAUAAUAAUUCAGUUUUAGUAUUUGUUCCUGCUAUUUACAGGUUCGACACCUUAUGAUUUCUUUAUUAUUUUGAUUUACAAGAUCUCAUAAGUAUAUCCCCCAAAAAUAACUUUGAGGGAAUUUUUGUCUGUUAUCUUUAUCAUCUUCCAUGUUUUGCAACAUGGAUGUAAAAUAUGAUAUAUUUGUUCACUAUGGAGUUAGGAGGAUCACUCAUCCAUGUCCAAGGGUCAUAGGUUUCGGAAGCCGUGGUUUCUAAUGUUGCUUCAUUGGCCACAACAGCACUUACUUACUGAAACACCAAUAAUACCAGAACAGUAGCUCUAAAAUAUUCAAUUAAUAUGCAACAUUAAACUUGUAAGGAGGAUUCAUUAAAGUGCUCAUUUUCAAGGCACUAUACUUAUUUACAUAAUAAAUUAAUAAAUGAUUAAUUAGCAGCCCAUUUGCUUAUUGCCUCAACCCUAAUUUAAAGGAUAAUAUUCUUGCAAAAUAUCAGAACCAACCAUAAUAAUUAUCAUUUGCAUAACCUGGUGGCCUGAAGCAUUUUUUCAAGAACCAUUCCUCUUAAUGUCAGCUGUGUAAUUUGAUACAUGAGAUUCAAGGUUUCUUGCCAUUUUGAAUGAAAGUCUCUGCAAAUAAUACAAAAAACAAUAAGUGCCUAUUUUUGAAUUUUGUGGCCAAGUUAAGUUAUUGUUUAUCAGGUUUUGAUUUAUUGCAGACCUUAUGACUGCUGGGUACUAUCACGGGCAGGCUGUCAUGUUGGCUUUGGUGCUCUAUUUGAUGUAUUUUAUUUUCUAAAAACAGUUUAAAAUUCUGGGGUAUCGAUGAUGAUGAUGUCCCAGAAGAAGUCAACUUGGAAGAUGAAGAUAUUCCAAGUAAUUUUGGCAUUCCAUUCAUUCGGAACAAAACUCGAAGCAACAUCUCUAAACCUGGAGUUAUAUACUUGGAGACCCCAUUGGCAGAAGGCUUGACCGAGUUUGAAAUGCUAGCAAGAGCAGGUAAGCCUUUUACCAUUUUGAGCUUUACAAGCAGCAUUUACUCUAUGGAUGUGUGCUCAGGAAUAAAAUGCUGACAUGACAUUUUAAAAAUAAAACUUAAAAUGACAUCACUAAAUCUUAAUUUUUAAUUUAAAAUCAAGAACAGGGGAAAUCGACAGACUUAUUAUAUGGAGUAUCUAUAGUUUACCCCUUUAAAAUUAAGUUUCUCAAAAAUUAUGUCAUGAAAUAUUUAUUAUAAAGUGGUAUUUCUGUUAUGAUUUCUGUUCUGAUGUCAUAAUGACCUUUUUGACAGUUUGGCCUGAGGAAAAGUAUAUCGUAGAGUACUCCUUAGAAUAUGGCUUAUUGAGGCUUUUACCCAAGACACGUAAAAAACUUAACAUCACUGUUAUGUUGGUCACAUUGGGUAUGUAUAUGGUAUAUGUUACUAUAUUUAAUAUUUAUCAUGUGUUUAGCAUUGAGCUUUAAAUCACUAAAUAUGGCACUUGACUUUCGCAAAGUGUGAACUAAUUUUUGUCCUGUGACCACGAAGAUCCUUUUUGUCCAUGAUAAUUUCUUCAAUGGUUGUUGAGCUCAACUUUCUUUUAUUGUUAAUUAACUUGCUUAAAAUGUAAAUUUUCUCUUAUGUCACAUUUCUUUUUUCGUGAACAUUGUGCAGUAUUAUAUCAUUGCAGUGGGAAAUGAUUUCUUUUAAUAUUGCAGACCCUGAAAAAGAAACCUGUUUUGGAGAUAGCUUCAGUCGGUUUUUGCUAGAUGAAUUUCUUGGCUAUGAUGAUAUCUUAAUGUCCAGCAUAAAAAAACUGGCGGAAAAAGAAAAUAAUAAAGGUACGGUACCUCUGUUUUAACAAUAAUUGUCUAGAGGAAGUUUGUUCCCUUAUAUGUAAUGGUUUACUGAUGAUCCAUCUAGAGUGUCACUAAUGAACACACUACUCAAUGUAAGCUACAGUACCACUAAUGAACACACUACUCAAUGUAAGCUACAGUACCACUAAUGAACACACUACUCAAUGUAAGCUACAGUACCACUUAUCCUGGAUUUUAGGCAGCUCAAAUUAUGGGCCCACUUGAGAUGCAUUUUCAAUCAACAAUUUUUACUAAUACACAACUGCUAACAGGUCAACAGGACUAGCCUUUAGAGUGUGCAACCUGUGUCCUCGCACAGGGCGCCAUGGCCAAAGGGGCGCCCAGCAAAUAUUUAAAUUCCAUAAGUUUAUUAUAGUGAAGUUCGGGUACAGGGUCAAGAAACGAUAUUCUAACUUUGCGUACACGGCAUGUGCUUAGGGCGCCAUCAGUGAUCUUCCCAAAAUAGGAAAAAAUAUUGCAUGUGAGCGCCAUGGAAGAAAAAUAGAAAGUGCAAUAAGAAACGAUAUUCUGAUACACGUUAACAAAAACAAUUUUAUUGUUCAUCGUUGGAUUGAAAAAAACCACCAUAGGUAAUAAACUCAUGACAGAAUAACUAGUUUUUCCUUUAAUGAUUCUACUAAAUUAGGGGCACCAAAGUUCAGCUUGCACAGGGCGCCAGCAACCGUCUGGCCGGCCCUGAGGUCAAUAACUGUAGGUUUUAUCUAGUCUCCUUACAUUGGUGAAUGUUGAUCAUGUUUGAAAUAUUUGUUUAAUUAGGUUACCUGCGCAAUGUGGUGACAGGAGAACAUUUUCGUUUCAUCAGUAUGUGGAUGGCUCGAACUUCUUACCUUGCCGCUGCUUUUAUCAUGCUUAUUUUUGUAAGUUUUUUAAACAGUAGUUACAGUCUGCGUGAUAAAAGUUCUUAAGUUACAUGUUACAUUGGUUAUUUAUGAUCAGAUAAAGUAUGACCUGCUGAAAAUAUGUCUAUGAACUGUUGUUGCUAGAUUGCAUCACACAUUGUCUUUAGUUGAUGGAAGGAAGAGAUGUCUGUGUGUCAUUUUUGCCUUUAGGAAAAACAGUUGGUCUAAUGUUUGUAUCCAUUUAUCUCAUCAGACAGUAUCAGUUUCAACUCUGCUUCGAUAUUCCCACCACCAGAUUUUCAUGUUCAUCAGUAAGUAUAUCAUAAUAAGUUCAUGGCAUGGGGUAAGAAACCAUCGGCAUAUGUUCCAGACAUCAGGCACAUGACUUUAAUACUCAACCACUUUGCAGACUUGUUGGGUAACUUUAAGCAAAUUCUUUUUAACAAAGAAAACCGAUUGUGAUGCACUGGUUAAUGCCUUGUUCCAGUAUAGCUACUAAGGAGGGUUUAGGUGGCCACAGUUCCAGUAUAGCUACUGAGGAGGGUUUAGAUGGCCACAGUUCCAGUAUAGCUACUGAGGAGGGUUUAGAUGGCCACAGUUCCAGUAUAGCUACUGAGGAGGGUUUAGGUGGCCACAGUUCCAGUAUAGCUACUGAGGACGGUUUGGGUGGCACACAGAAUACUCAACAAAGUAGCAUAACUUUCCAUCAGACAUGAACAGAAUGCAUGAAGUUUGAGUUGCUAUUCAGAUGUCAGUGUCACCAUCUUGUUGAGUUUGUAAUGGGAAGUUUGAGUUGUUACUGAAAUGUCAGUGUUAUUAUUUUGUUGAAUUUGUAGUGUGACACUUAAGUUGCUACUGAGAUGACAGUGUUUUUAUUUGGUUGAGUUUGUAGGCCCUGUGGUUACUACUAAUAUUAGUAUAUUAUAAUUAAAUAUCUGGCAUGAGUUAGGUUAAUUACUUUUACAUUGGGUAAACAAAGACUAAUGGUGAGCCUGCUGAUUUGAAAAGGUAUGUAACAUUUGAAUGGACAUGUCUUGUAAUUUCCCCCCAGUUCAAAAGAACCAUUUUUGCCUGAUUCCCAACUGAAGGCGUCAUUGUUGUUGUAAGAAAUCCAUGACAUUGCUCAUUAGUUUUUAAUGAAAGCUUACACAUUUCUCCCAUAGAUAACUGAAGGGUAAAUAGUUGAACAAUCAAUUUAAUGUUACUUAAAAUAGGUUUCAACCACUCUUCUUACUUACAGCAAUCAUUUUGCUGAGAAUCAAAGUUCAGUACUGUGCGAGAAAUACAUGUUCAAUAAAUAUCAUUUGCAUCUGGCUGCUUCAUUAUCAUGAGAUGUCAUUGUUUUGCAUUGAACUAUCACUUUCCAUUCGAGCACUAUAACCGUUUAAAACACAAACAACAGAUAUGGAAAGGGAAAGCAGUAGUAAUUUCGUGUUGAUGCUUUCAGUUCCCGUUAUUCUCCUUUGGCAUUAAUGUUCCUCUCCUCAGUGGACUUGUUGCAGAUGUUUGAUAUGAAUAUUGCCAUAGCCUUCCCAGCAGCUCCACUCCUCACCGUCAUCUUAGCACUUGUUGGUGAGUAGAAAUUAACACUCGCCCAGCACAUGCUUCUAGUUUUAAUGAGAAAAAGCCUUGUCCCUAAUUCAUGUAGAUUUGUAGAAAUUAACACUCACCCUGCACAUGCUUCUAGUUUUAAUGAGAAAAAGCCUUGUCCCUAAUUCAUGUAGACAUGUAGCCUAUAUUUAAUGUUGUGAUCUUUUAAACUAAAUUAAUUCCUUGGAGCACAUAGUUAUUUAGACAUGGCUGUACUUCUUGUACUUUUUUAAUUGUGUCUCGGGUCUUUAAACCCUAAUGACACUCGGCCCUUGUUUAUUAUUUUUCUCUUGUAAGUUUAAAAAAAUAAAAGGCAGAAACAAUGUUUGAGAUUGGUGCAAUUUUUUAUGUCCUUAAAUUAGAUGUUAGUUGAGCAGGUCCAUUUAUCAGGCACGUAGUUGCAAAUAGAACUUAGUUAUAGAAAAAUAAAUGCAUUCACCUUAAUUAGAGAAGAGCUUCCUCAUUAAAUAAUUGCUUUACUUAAAUCCUAGCUAUUAUAUUUUUUUAUUCAUAAAAGUUAACCAUUAUUAUGGAGUUAACUUCAGCUGAAAGAUUUUACACGCAAUCAACAUCAAGGCACAUUUGAUACAUUAUGUUAAUCAUGGUUUUAUUCUCCAUCAGGUAUGGAAGCAAUCAUGUCGGAGUUUUUUAAUGACACCACUACAGCCUUUUAUAUCAUCCUGAUAGUCUGGAUAGCUGACCAGUACGAUGCUAUUUGCUGUCAUACUAAUAUUAGCAAGAGAAUUUGGUUGAGGUCAGUUGGAAUUAGAUUUCUGAUUGUGACCUUUGAAAGUCAGUAUAAAACCUGUUAGCACAACAAGCAGAUCAUUUUGUGUUUCAAUAAAUGCUAUUUUACAACUUCAAUUUUUAUCCUUUAGGUUUUUCUACUUGUACCACUUUGCUUUCUAUGCCUACCAUUACCGGUUUAACGGACAGUACAGCUCAUUGGCUCUAUUCACAUCUUGGCUGUUCAUACAGGUUGGUCCAUUUUUAAAUGGUCAGGUGCUCAACAAUAAUACUCAACCCUUAAGCAUUUUUAUUUUAUUUUGAUUUGCCUAAAUUCUCAGAUGUAACACUAUUUGAUGAUUCAACAAUUCUUCCUUUUAUUGACUAUCCUAAAAUCUGUUUUUAACUUUUUUUCAGCAUUCAAUGAUCUAUUUCUUCCACCAUUAUGAGCUGCCAGCCAUCCUGCAACAGGUUCGUAUUCAGGAGCUGUUGACUGCUCCGGUACAACCUGAGCCUGAUGGGGAGGAUAGCCCACAGCCAAACAACAAUCGGGAUGAUGAAGGCUCACCUGUUGACCCAAGAGAUAAUCCUCAAGCUGGAGCACAGUCCAGCAAUGGUCCCAGUACAGCACCCGUCAAUACAAAUGAGGCUGAAUCUGCUGCCUCUGGUGGAAGUGAAAGACCCAGUGAUCAAAGUAACAACAGAGGAAGUCCUCCGGAAGAAACCGCUAAUGCUGCCAAUUUGAGAUCAGAUGAUUUCCAGUUGAACCAAAGGGAGGACCAAGCUGGCCUGACAGAUCUUUUUAAUAGUCUUAUGCGGUCUUCGUUUGUGGAAAUGCAAUCUCAAUUGGAUACUCAUCCAACAACAUCCACCAGUACAAAUGAGGCUGAAUCCGACACUGUUGAAAAUGGAAGUGCCCCAGAACCUAUCCCAGAUCAAACACAUUUGAGAUUAGAGAAUUUCCAGUUUAACCCAAGGGAGGGCCAAGCUGGCCUUUCAGAUCUUUUUAAUAGUCUUAUAAGGUCUCGGUUUGUGCAGGCUUAUUACGAACCUUGGGAAACACCAAACCCUGGCGGUGUACAAGUAGGUCAUUCAGCCCCUGGUCACCCCAUAGAGGCCGCCAACUAUGAAAUUGAGCGUGUGACUGUUUACACACAUAGAAACAUCUUCAGGCUUUUUCGACGCCUCCGGAACAACCACAGGAGAUCAUCAGAUGAGGAGAUUAUCAACAACCAUCCCACACCAAAUGGUACUGCGUCUAAUAUUAAUUUAAAUAAUAUUUCCACCGGUGCUUCAGAAUCUGCCAGGGUGGAACCAUUCAUAAACAGUUCAGAAAGUCCUUGUGAAAAUGAGUCGCACCAUAAUUUAUCUAGUAGUAGUCUCCCCAACCAAAGCAGUCAGGAUGCGGUAGUAUCAAAAUCUGAUCAGGAAUUAGAGUCCAGUCAGCACUUACAUUUACAAUGUGCAUCAUCUGCAGAAAAAUUUCUAAAGGCUUCACAUUCUGAAAAUAUUGAUAGCUCCAAUGAAUGUGAAGUCUUUCAAUUAACUGAUUCCUCCAAAAUAUUUCCAGACCAUAUUCCUGCACAACACCUUGAUGGCGCAGAUAAGUAUUUUGCUGGCUUGUCACCCUCUACAAGCAGCCCUGAUUUAAGUGAAAAAGUUGAGGCGAGAGGAUGUAAAGCUUUUCAAGAAAAUAUUGGGCUUUUAGUGACACAAGACUUGUACAGUCAUUCCUCGGAUCACUUUCAAUCAAACUCAGUUGAAACUGCGAACUUGUACAAUACCACACUCACUUCAACAAAGGACUCCACGCAAGUGCCUUUUUUCACAUCAAGCUUAAGUGGUCCGUCACUGAUUGACAAAGCUAGAAGCUUGGAUUCAGAACAGUGGUCAAAGACUCAAAACUGUAAUUUGUCUCUGGCAAGUGAUGUGAAUAAUUCUUUGGAAGAUAGCAGUGAUGGCACCGCUGUUUAGUGCUGGUUCUAUGACAACUCUUUUUUUGAGUACCGGUAAUUCAUUUAUACAUCAAAUCUUCAGAAAAUGUAAUUUUUGGUUUUCUUUUUUUGAAAAAUUCCAUAUUGGAUUGCAGUUUGUUUCUGAUGGGAUGUCAUAACGCUAAUAUGGCAAGUAAAAAUAGUUGUCAUAGCUAUAAUAUGGCAAGUAAAAAUAGAGCAACUCAUAUCUUCUACCAAAAGAACAACUCAAAGAACAUUAUUAACAAAUAAUGCAUUAAAAUAAAGCAGUCUGACACUUUGUGAGGAAAGUAAGUGUCUUUCAAUUAUUUGAUUGUACGUAUAUUUCUUCGAGGAAGGUGGCUGGCUCUGUGAUUCCCGACGCAUGAGCUUCUCAAAGGCUCUGCAAUUGUUCUUGUAAACCCCUAAGCACAAUCAAGACAUGGGGUAGACCUGAGGGGGCCGUAGAAAUGUAUUCUAAAAAGGGCUCAGCGAGUCAAAAAGAUUGGGAAACACCACAUGAUACUCAACUUCAUGGGUCAAUAUUUUAAAACUUGACUUUUUAAUUAGAUCUUUAUAAAAAGUAAACAAGCAGAUUAAAAUUUUAAAUUUUUGUUGAACAAAACAAAGUCAGUUAUAUUUUUAAAAAAAAUGUACAAGGCAAAGAAGAGACUCAUGAAAUCAAGAUUUUAAAAAAAUCCCACAAAGUUUACAUAAAAAAAGCCAUGCAGAACUAGACAGCACAAUAAAACAAGCACUAAUAAAUUUAACCUCUUAAAAGAAAUAAAAAAGAAUAAUUAUCAUAAAAUCCAAUCAGCUUUAUGCCGUAGUCUUCUUGUCGAUGUAUCAAGCAUUAUGGAAACAAAGCUACCAAUUAUACUUCUUUUUUAAGUAAAUUUUUACACUUUUUUUAAAUUGUAAAUGCCAUGCAGAUUCAAUUUAAUAAAUUUAAGAGAACUUAGGUACUGGUUUGUGCCUAUUUAAUUUUUAAGUUCAAUUAAAAGCCAUUAUGAAUCAUUUGAUGAGACAUUGAGGCAAUCCAUCUUUUUGUUCCAUCAGUCUACUUUGAUAAUCAUGUGGCAAAUGUCGCUGUCACCAGCUAGCCAGGUUGAGGCUUAAAUAUGAAUAGCAUGUGUCCCUUACACUAACAGCCACAGAAUAGUGGGAUUAGAGGUCAGGCAUUGAUCAGUUACAGGUGUUGACCCCUGACUGAGGGAAAGUACAGGGAAUAUUGCCAGAAAGUAUAGCAACAUGUACAAAUAAUUAGGAGUAACUGCUUUCUUAAAAUUGGAUAAUUUGCUUUAGAUGCUUGCCAUUAAGUACAGCUGUAUCAUUUGAAUAAUCAUGAUGCCCAGGGGUCAGAAGCGCAGCUUAGAGGUGGCGACAGAAGUCGUGAGACUAGUGGGGGCGCCAAUAUGGGCUUUGAUGGUAUUUUAUUGAUGAAAACAAAUGGGUUUCAGAGUUUGUGGGGGCAGAAGAAGGCAACGUAAGUCAUUGGUCGUGAGACAAGCGGGGGCACCAUAAUCGACUUUGAUAAUUUAUUACUAAUGAAAAUAAUUGGGUUUCAGAGUUGGGGGGAAGAUGGCCCUGGGCGCGAGACUAGCUGGGGCAACAGAUUGGGCUUUGAUGGUAUUUUAUUGAUGAAAAUAAUUGGACUUCAGGGUUGGGGUAGAUGUCUCUUGUUACAAGACUAUCG